CACCACCACCACCAGCAGCAGCAGCAGCAGCAGCAGCCCUCUCUCCGUUCAGCCGCGUCUUGUACGGUCCAAAUGGUUCGCGUUCGGACGAGCACAGACGCCACGUCGCGAACGCCGGUGUUGCUUUUUCUGCUACAGCUCCUCUCUUCUCCCCUUCCCCUUGUUUGUUUCUACUACACCAGCCUCUGGUUACCCACAAUGCUCUGCGGACAUCACCACCAAGAUGGCCGACGCUAUGGAGGAAUAUGAGAAAGAAGCUGGCUGCGUCCCUAUUCUCCAUCCCGAGGAAAUCAAACCCCAGAGUCAUUACAACCACGGCUACAGUGAGAAUGUCAGCCGUAAAAACCAUGUGGACGACUACAGCACCUGGGACAUUGUCAAAGCCACACAGUACGGUAUCUUCGAGCGCUGCAGGGAGUUGGUGGAGGCGGGCUUCGAUGUUCGGCAACCAGACAAAGAAAAUGUUACCCUCCUCCACUGGGCUGCCAUCAACAACAGGAUAGACUUGGUCAAAUACUACAUAUCAAAGGGAGCCAUAGUUGACCAGCUGGGAGGAGACCUGAACUCCACACCUCUGCACUGGGCCACCAGACAAGGCCAUCUAUCCAUGGUGGUGCAGCUCAUGAAAUACGGCGCAGACCCAUCUUUGAUCGACGGCGAGGGCUGCAGCUGCGGCCAUUUGGCUGCCCAGUUCGGCCACACCUCCAUCGUAGCCUACCUUAUCGCUAAAGGACAGGAUGUGGAUAUGAUGGAUCAGAACGGCAUGACUCCUCUCAUGUGGGCGGCUUACAGGACACACAGUGUGGAUCCCACUCGGCUGCUACUAACCUUCAACGUCUCCGUCAACCUUGGCGACAAAUAUCACAAGAACACAGCGCUGCACUGGGCAGUGCUGGCCGGCAACACCACGGUUAUCAGCCUGCUGCUGGACGCCAACGCCAACGUUGAUGCACAGAACAUCAAGGGGGAAACGCCGCUCGAUCUUGCCAAGCAAAGGAAGAACGUUUGGAUGAUCAAUCACUUACAGGAAGCACGGCAGGCCAAAGGCUAUGACAGCCCAUCCUACCUGAAGAGGCUCAAGAUGGACAAGGAGUUCAGGCAGAAGGUGAUGCUGGCAACGCCCUUCUUGGUCAUCUGGCUAGUUGGUUUCAUUGCUGACCUGGAUAUUGACUCGUGGCUGAUCAAGGGCCUCAUGUACGCCGGUGUCUGGAUCGCUGUGCAGUUCCUCUCCAAGGCUUUCUUCGACCACUCCAUGCACAGCGCCCUCCCCCUAGGAAUCUACCUGGCCACCAAGUUCUGGAUGUACGCCACCUGGUUCUACUGGUUCUGGAAUGAUCUGCCCUUUGCCACCGUCCACGUGCCCUUCCUGAUAAACACCCUGGCGCUCUUCUACAACUUUGGAAAAUCUUGGAAGUCUGACCCGGGGAUCAUAAAAGCGUCCGAGGAGCAGAAGAAAAAGACGAUCGUGGAGCUGGCAGAGACGGGCAGCCUGGAUCUGAGCAUAUUCUGCAGCACCUGCUUGAUACGGAAGCCCAUCAGGUCCAAACACUGCGCCGUAUGCAACCGCUGCAUCGCCAAGUUCGACCACCACUGUCCCUGGGUGGGGAACUGUGUCGGAAGUGGGAAUCACCGCUACUUCAUGGGUUAUCUGUUCUUCCUGCUCUGCAUGAUCUGCUGGAUGAUAUAUGGCUGCAUCUCCUACUGGAGGAUCCACUGUGCCACCAGUUAUGCGAAGGACGGCUUCUGGCUCUACCUGACGCAGAUCGCCUCCUGCUCCCCCUGGAUGUUCUGGAUGUUCCUCAACAGCAUUUUCCACUUCAUGUGGGUGGCCGUGCUCAUCAUGUGUCAACUCUACCAGAUCGCCGCUCUGGGAAUCACCACCAACGAGAGGAUGAACGCUCGGAGAUACAAGCACUUUAAAGUCACCGCCACGUCCAUCGAAAGCCCAUUCAACCACGGCUGCAUCCGGAACCUCAUCGAUUUCUUCGAGAUCCGCUGCUGUGGUCUGAUCCGGCCCGUGGCGGUGGACUGGACCACGCAGUACACAAUAGAAUACGACCAGACGUCUGGCUCGGGCUACCAGCUUGUGUGAGGGGAGGAAGUGGAGGAGGACGAGGAAGGGAGGGAGGGAGGAAGGGAGGGGGCAGGAGGGAGUUGAUUGUGGCUGGGUGUAAGAAUAGUAUAGAAGGAUACACACUUGCGUUCAUAUCGGAGCGAUGCUGUACACGGGAGCGCUUGCUAUUUUUAUUUUUUUUUCGGAACCAUCUCUCCCUCACCGACCAAAACACUUUGAGGAAAGCAAAGGAAAAAAAGAAAUCAGCCAGGACUCGCAUGCUGUUACAGGGCAACACCACAGCCACACCCCCUCCCCCCACCCCCACCUCUACUACUAUAACUACUACUACUACUAUUCUACAACAUCAGACUUUAUUACUGUACCUUCACCGCUAUCCAACCCCCUCCACCUCGCCCCCUCUCCCGAAGGCCCUUUGGACGGUGUGAUGCUGCCAGGCACGAACGGAGGGGAGGGGGAGCUGAUGGACCACCAGGAAUUACAAAAUGAAAAAAAACAACCUUCUGUUCGUACCGGAGACGCGGCACUGCAGAGAGAGCAGCGCCCUGAAGUGGCAGUAUCGUGUCCCCCCCCGCCCCCCCUUCCCCCUUUAUACCCUUAUUUAUGGUGUCCCUGUUGAUGUGCCCCGUGUGUACUCUCUGUUUUUGAUCGGUUCAGGAAACCCCACACUUCCUGUCAUAAUUAACUAUGGUGGCUGUGGAAGCUAAAGUAAAGUUGUUGUGUUUUUUCUUGUUUCUCUUUUUUUUUAAACAAUGAAUUUGUUUCUAAGUACGAUAGAGAUAAGGGAAUGUCUUUUUAAAGGUCUUGAUUUUGCACCGUGACGAUUUAUGUGUGGAGCUGAUGAGGAUUUUGCCAACAUUGUUGAACUUAUCAGAGGAAAGUGUUGGGUUACACAUGGAGCCGCUGGAGGAGUCCCACUUCUCAUCUGCUCGGGUAAAGCUGCAGCCGCCGAAGACGAAGUCUUAGGAGAUUUUUUUUUUUAAAUUAUUACUAUUAUUAUUAUCUUGCUCAUAAAUAAUCUGGAAACAGUUGUCGUGCAGUAUUCAAGCAGGAUUUCACGUUGGAAUUGGGACUCCUCCAGCUGCAGAUCGCUGUAAAGUGACAGAAGAUAUCCUACAGACAAUGUGAUACAGGUAUAUUUAUUUUAAAACUAUUUAUAGAUAAAGUAACUAUCCUCUAGCGCCAUCGUUUUUACAUUUCACAUCAUUUUAGCGGAGUAGGUUUUUAUGAGAAAAAAAAAACUAUUAAAAGAAGUACCUGUGGCUGUUCAGCGUGGUAGCCCCGAAGAUUUGAAAAGGAACCAACACUCGACGGCAAGGUACAGCAAGUGUAUUUAUUAACAGCAGAGGUGAGCGGGAGAAGGAGGUGGAGAGUGCAGCCGGAAUACGGAUGAGUUUUACAUUUAAAAAAAAAAAAGGUUCAUUCCGUGUGUUUUUUUCAAGAAGCUGUAAAAAGUCUUAUUUGUUUCAUUUGUCAUUUGUCUGCCUAAAACAUUGCACUGAUAUUUUUUUGUAGUUAUUUUAUGUUUUUGUUUUUUGGCCGUUACUGAACAGAAGGGCCCAGCAAGCUCCCAUUGUUUACAGUGAGGAAGACGAGGGGCCCGUCAGACAUGGUCAGAACCCCCCGGCACGGUCGGCGCAGCAGCAGCAGGAUGGACAGAAGUGUAAAGAAUGUGCAUCUGUAUAUAAACAAUAUCUUUCUUUCUGUCAGUGUUAGUUGAAGGUUCUCCUGGAAUUUUUUCCCUUUUUUUGAGUUUGGGGGGAUUUCUUCCAACUAAACGGAAAGAAGAAAACGAAGUGACUGUACUCCAAGUGUAUGACUGUAGCUUUUAGUGAUGUCUGACACUGCUGUCUAUAGGCAUUUUAAACCCCCCCAAGUACCCUCAAUUUCCACUGCAUGUACGACGCUUGGGACAGCUGGGCUCUCACUGCCCCCCCUCUCUUGCAGUGUCAAUCUGACCCCCCCCCCCCAUCCUUAUCACCAUGGUGACAGCCCGGCAAGCCACGUAUCUGUAUAUAGUGAAUGUUUUAAGUAUUUCUGAGUACAUUUCUGCGUUAUUUUCAUUUUGUCUGUUUUUUUUUGUUGUUUUUUUUUGUUUUGUUUUGUUUCUUCCUCUCAAAUCCAGUGUGUUUAGUGGACCUCGUCUUUCAGGUCGGCAAAUUUCCAGUCGGGCCCUCCUGUGCAAGUGUGUAAUAUAUUUGAAUGUUCCAUGCUUGUGGACUCAGUAGUCAUCCUCAAAGGGUUGUGUUUUUUUGUAUCAUUUCCGUCAUAUAUUGCUGGGUUUGUUAUACCACUGGAUGUACAAAUUGUAAAGCAAAGACACUAGAGAACUAAGGCAGACGCCAAUUUUUUUUUAAUUUUUUUUUUUGGUUUUCUAAAAGCUGAAAUGUGACCAUGCAAUAGUUUUCAGGAUAGAGGGAGGUUAUAUUAUAUUAAUGUUUACUCAUGUUUGCAUCAUCAGAAGGGGACAGUUGUGUCAUCAGUCUACGUUUCACUCCAACCGCCGCGCUGGGCCACUGAUGUCACUGCCCUACAGAGAUGACACAGCAGCCACAGUUUGUGAGCUUUAAAAAAAAAUGAUUAUAAAAAAAAUGUCUGAUAUCAUGAGUCCGCUGUUAAGAUUUCAUAUCAGCAGAACAUGCUACCUGGAACGAGCCACUCGUGUUCUAAUAAUGCCUUUUUCAGUGACACAAGGUAAAUGCCCCCCCACCCCCCUUCAGCUCAUCCAUGGAAAUAAAUUCAAAAGCCAUUUCAGCCCUCACCAGUUCUUCCAGCAGCCUGUACUGUCCCCCACCCCACCCUCUCAUCAUACAUGUGGGAUCACGAAAGACAAAAAAAAAGAUGAAAGCACAUAAUCAUCUCCAGUGCCUCUCUGCCCACCUUCAGACAUCACCGUAACUCCGCUUGAGAUGUAAACAUAUGGGCAUGGUUCAGUUUUAAUGGCUUUAAUAAUAAAAUACAGUCAAAUGUGAAAA